ACCCCACAACGGGGGUCUGGGCAUUGCUGCUGCUCUAAGGGACCUCCGCGUGAACGUUUUAGACUUGAGUCAUUUAGCAGUCUCUCUCUCUCUGUGUGUGUGGACGUGUCUAUAUAAACAGGCUGUGUGUGUGUGUAUAGAUAAGUAACUCACAAUUGUCUGUCCGCCCGUCAUACUCUGUAUCACCCAAACGGGAGUGACUGGCGAUGUCUCGCCUCUGGCUGCUGCUGCCGCUGCUGCUGCUGCUGAGCCCGCACGCAGCGGCAGCUGCUGGUGCCCAGGAGGAGCCGGGCGUGGCGGAGUGCCCGGGGCAGCGCUGCCCCUGCGCUGGCGGUGGCGCCGCGGGCAUCCCCGGACUGCACGGGCAGCUCGGAGCCACGGGCAGAGACGGCAGGGACGGCAGGGACGGGAGCGCCGGUCCACCCGGACCAAAGGGAGAUGUCGGGAAUCCCGGAGUCGACGGAGCGAAAGGAGAGACCGGUUUUCCGGGGCGGCCCGGGAUGCAGGGCAUGGGACAGCCUGGCAUGAAGGGCGACCCAGGUGACUGCGCCAAGAUGCCCAAGUCCGCCUUCACAGCCAAGCUGUCGGCGCCCAGACCGGCGUCGGGAUCACCCAUAAAGUUCGACGUGAUACUCACCAACAGCGGGAACCACUACGAUCCGAGCACGGGCAAGUUCACGUGCGUCCACCCGGGCGCCUACUAUUUCGUGAUGCACGCGUGCGUGUACUCGGCGAGCGUGUUCACGCACCUGAAGAGAAACGGGGAGGUGGUGCACAAGUUCCACAGCGCUUGGCUGGACAGCUGGCCCGGAGUGGCCCUGAGUGGCGGUGCCGUGCUGAGUCUCAAGGCGGGGGAUCAGGUCUGGUUGGAGGUGCCGGAUGCCCACAACGGCAUCUUCUCGCGCAGUGAUAUAGACAGCUCCUUUUCUGGCUUUCUCCUGUCGCCCGAGUGAAUCAGACUCGAGGGGGCAACAAGCGGCGUUAGCAGAUAGAAUUAUGAUGCUAUAAAUCUAAAUGCAUACUUCUCUGAAGGCGAUCAUCAUUUAUCAAUCACUAUUUGAUUUUGGGAAUAAAAAAACACCUUUAUGAAUGAAUAAUUUGAUUUUCAUGAUUUAAGAAGGCUUCACGCUUUGCUGGCAUAAAUAGAGGUGUUAUGUUGUUCUAAAAUGAAGACAUUCGAUAACAAGGCACAAAGUAUGCAUUCACUACACAGACUUUAUGAACAGCUCAGGUUAAGCAGUUAAAUCUAUGGGGCCCUUUUUGCCGGUCUCAUUUAAUAACUUUAUACUGGUGUAAGGAUAAAUCUUGACUUAAAACUUUCGUGACUGCAGGAAUUAAUAUUUUUUGGGUCUUUCGGUAAAGUCACGUAGAUAGGUAAAAAAAAUGACAAAA